AUUGUCCAAAAAGCAUGGGCAAACACUAGAGAACUAUAUCUGCCAUAGCGCCACUAUUUCCAUCAUGUUUUUCAUUCGCAUUUUGGAAGGAUUAAUUGCCGUUGGCAUUGUUUUUCUCAGUCGUACCUUGUCGACGGAAUCUGCUGGAGCUUGCCCAGCCGGCUGGAGACUGUUUUCCUCUUCAUUGGACUCGAAGUGUUACUUUGUGGUACAGACCCUCUACAUGUGGGAGGAAGCCCGUGAGGUCUGUCAAAACUCAGGCGCGCGGGUCAUCGAAGUCGAUUCGGAGGAAGAGAGCGAGUUUAUCGUUGAGGAGCUGAUUAAUGACGUCACAUUUACAACUACAAAUAAGGCAUGGCUAGAUUGUACCAACCUUGGAAGGUCCCUGCACGAAUGGGUUUGUGGCCCCGAUGAUCACGAACUAUUAACCACAUACACAAACUGGAAACCAGGUGAACCAAACAACUUUAUUGACGAAAACUGCUUAGAAAUAUAUCCUGAUGGAAUCUGGAAUGAUAAAGAAUGUGAUGGACAGAGAUUGACCAUUUGUGAAAGACCUGCCAGAUUUGUCUCGAAAAGUAUUACCAUGAAAAGAUACGGAACCUGGCCACCACGGUGCCUCCGGAAUCACGUGAUCCAGAUCAUCCAAUCAGCAUCACUCGUGGAAUGUGUCAGCCGUUGCCUGGCUACGGGAGAAAACUGUUUGUCUUUAAAUCACUUCGAGGGGACAAGAGAGUGUCAGCUGAACGAUGCAAACGAUGUGACUGCUUCCGCAGAUUUUCAAGAAACAAAUAACUGCAGAUAUUAUCGACUUCUGGUGUAAUCAAAGGGGAAUUAAACCCUUAGUAUUAAUAUAAGAAUAUAAAAAUCAAGAAACAGAUCAAUGCAAGUUUGAGGAAGGUUGAAUGAAAAAUUAAUAAGAGAGUUAUAAGCAUUUUGAUAUUGAGAUCACUAAUGCUAUGUAAAUCCUCCGGUUGCCAAUGUGACCAAGAUCUGCAAUGUCACUUAUCAGUGGAUGUCACACACAUAACUUGCCCAUUACUUUAGUUAAUAUUUCUCCCAAAUUUUCAAUUUUAUCUGUUCAACGAAAGAUCGGG